AUGUUACUGAAAGGAGCUAGAAAUGGGAGUGUAUAUACAAAUGUACCUCCACUAGUGGAAGAUUUAGAGAGAUGGGUGUUCACAUGGAUACAGCGAGUCAAAAAAAUCAGAAGAAUAAUCAAUGUACAUACGGUAACGAAGGCACGUUCACAGGUUUUAACUUCUGCCACUGCUGUUUCUGGUCGCCACUUAACUACGCGGCGGGCUACAAAGUACAGGAGGUGGAAGGAAAAGCAAAUAAUCGAGGAAAACUCCACACCGCCUCCCGAUGGACAAGAAAAUGACCCCCUUGACCUAGCCGCAUACCCCGCCGCAGCCGCGUCGACCUCCGCCACAUUCAGUGUCAACAUGCGGUCUACGGCAGUAGCAGUCUGGACCACACUCUGGACGGUGUGUUACGCGUAUGGCUUGGACUUUCCCACCGAUAAACACCUUGAAGAGAAUGACGUGUGUCGGGAUGAUGGGGACAAGGCGUGGCGCUGCCGCAAAGCACGCGAGUGUGACGCCCUCUCGGAGCUCACCAGAAAUGGAAAGGUGGUCACGUGUUCGCUGGCCAACCGCCACAACCCACUGGUCUGCUGCCCUCCUCUAACCUCCAACCACGUCAACCAGACUAUCAGUCAACAGAAGUGCGAAGAGUACAAGGAGGCUGUGUGUCACCAGACAUUACAGCCCAACAAGCGACUCCCCGGCGGGCCUCCUGAUACGGUGCUAGAAAGUACGUCACCUGUCACUAACGACACAGAAGAGGUACCGGAUAUGUUGACGGAGGCGGUAGAGGACAGUCUGCGCUUUCUGGUGGUAUAUGGCGGGGAGAAUGCCUGGGCGGGAGAACAUCCACACAUGGCAUCGGUUGGAUUUGGACCAGAAAUCAGAAUAUUAUGGAGGUGUGGUGGCUCUCUUAUCAGUAAGAGAUUCGUGAUGAGUGCAGCCCACUGUUCUGAGCCAGAAGGGCUAGGGAAGGCUCGGUGGGUAUUGCUGGGAGCUAUAGACAUCAGAUAUAAGGACGGCCCUAUGCGGCAGCAGUUCCAGAUAGUAGAACAUCACGUACACAAAGAUUACCGCAGUCAUCUUCUGUACAACGACAUCGUGCUGUUCCGACUGGACAGGGACGUUCAGUUCACGAGGUUCGUGGCGCCUGCGUGUCUCUAUCAGGGACUGACUGAGCCCGAGGGAAGGGCAGUGGUCACCGGGUGGGGCCGCAACCAUUCGGCUGGCCCUACUAUGCCAGUUCUACAAAAGGCAACCCUUUCCUUUCUGCCACCAGAAAUUUGUAAGGAGAGAGUGGGAGUUGAUACGGAGUAUCCGGAAGGUAUUCACUCACCUUCACAGUUCUGCGCCUGGGAAUACGGCAAGGAUACCUGCAAGGCUGACUCAGGUGGCCCAUUGGUGAGGGCCGAAAAGGACAGCUGCCUCGCCGAACAAGUCGGCAUUACGUCAUUCGGACCUGUUCGAUGUGGAGAAUCUGAAAUUCCCGGCACUUACGUCAGAGUGGCGUACUUCUUGCCUUGGAUAGAAUCUAUCGUCUGGCCUUCGCCUUAAUAGAGUCUAUAGUCAUUAAUUUUACUGUUUUUCGUCUUCCAUGUAGUAUAUAUUUUAUGUUCAUUAUACAUUUCUUAUAUUGUUGUUUA